AUACGAAUUAUCUAUAUAUCUUUCAAUUAGUAUAGAAAUUGUUCUAGCAUUCGCGAAUAAUAUAUAGUUUUCGUAGAGCAAUUUCAUACUUUUACAUAACGACAAUACGGUUAUGAUUAGCUAAUAGCUAAUAAUCUUCUUACUUAUGUGUAGAUAAAUGCAAUUGACUGGUCACUACCAAAUAUUUAUGGGUCACACAAUAAUUAUAUUAUUACAGUUAUAUAUAUAUUUCAUACGAAGGAUGCGUUCAUCUCAGAAUUAUUCUCUGCUAUAUUUGCGAUCCAGUUUAACAGGAGGAAAAUACUAUGUAUCUUACAAACAUCGUGCAAGUUUUCAAAAAUAUCCUUGAUCUCGUCAGCAACAUUUUAAGAACGACGUCAUGGCAUAAUUAUACGAGGAUUUGCUCAAGUUCCAACAAAGGGAUAUUCCAUUUACUCGGCAUUCUCAGGACACUCAUGAGAUUUCUCCGUAAUGAGUGGCGAUUGACUAACGUAUCUUUUUCCUUGCUGCACGCAAUUAAUUUGCGGCGGAAUAUUCUGUGAUGUCAAGUCCUGCGAUUUCUGCGUAAACCCCCCGCCGUGCUUUCGUGCCGCUUACGUGCGUCAUAACGUUUACGGUACGACGUCCGAUAAAAUGACUCGGACAGGAAGUACAAUAUGGUGGGGUGUACGCUCUUGCACCUUAAAAGCCUUACAUGUUAUGAGAAAAAGGCAGUAUUCAAUUAAUCCUUACAACCGGUAGUUGGACAGAUUUCUUCCGAUUUGUGUUUGACGACAAGUGCUACUUCAUCAAACGCCGAAAAAAACGGUUUAAUUAUACGUCAAAUAUCUCAUAAUAUUAGGUACCAACAUGAUUUCGGGUAAUAUUUUUGAUAAUUAUGUAUUAAUUGCUUUUAUCAUCUUAAACAUAAUUUUGAUCGGAGGUGUACCUUCUGAGCUUAAAUUAGUUAAUGUGAUAUUCAGACAUGGCGAUCGGACACCCGAUAAUAACGGUCGUGAAAUGUUUCCGGACGAUCCGUAUAUAAAUUAUUCUUUCUAUCCGACAGGCCUCGGACAAUUGACUGUAGAUGGCAAGAAACAUGAAUAUAGACUGGGAAAAUUUUUGCGCUUUAGAUACAAUGACUUUCUUGACAAUUUAUACACACCAAAACUAGUCGUAGCUCGUAGCUCGGAUUUUGAGAGAACAAAAAUGUCUCUGCAACUUGUUCUCGCUAGCUUAUUCCCACCGACAAGUGUACAACGAUGGAAUCCUGUUUUAAAUUGGCAGCCGAUCCCGACAUCAUACACACCACGUAUCGACGACAAUAUCAUCCUGGCCGACGAGUGUCCGCAGUACCUCGACGAAUACAAUCGAAUAGUGAAUUCGCCUCAAGGACAAGCAAAGAUUAACCAAUUCAAGGGCUUAAUGGACAACUUGACAAAGCUAACCGGCAAGAAAAUAAAGACAUUAGAAGAUCUUUAUUUUCUUUACCAGACUUUUGCGGCCGAGUCUUCCCUAAAAUUGCCUCUUCCCGAAUGGGCAUACGAUUAUUUUCCUUAUGGAGCAUUGUUUGGUGGAAUCGUGGCCUUCUACAAUAUUAGUAAUUUUACUCCUUUAACAAGAAGGCUAUAUGCUGGUCCAAUGAUCCGUUCUAUGACGGACAAUAUGAUAGCUGCACAAAAUCCAACUGCUGCGCCAAAGACGAAAGUUUAUUUAUACAGUGGUCACGAAACCAACAUUGCUAGUAUGUUGCACGCGUUCGGUGUGUACAAGCCGCAUGUCCCCGAAUAUUCUAGCGCAGUUAUUCUGGAAUUGCAACAGAUCGGUCAAGAGUAUUAUGUGAAGCUCGUGUAUUAUCGAGGCAUUCCGCCCACCGUCAAAGAUCUUCAAAUUCCAGGGUGCGAUAUACUAUGUCCUUUCGAUAAGUAUCUGGAUUUAAUUGAAGACUUGAUCCCGUCUGACGAGGAGAUGAUUUGUGAUAAGAGACAGACUCCGAGUUAUGCCGGCACGGAAUAUCCUGCUGGCUUGCAAAAUAUCCUAGAAAAUUUAAUUAAGAGAUCAGCAAUCAAAGAGAACAUUCAGUGAUAACACGUAUGUCUUACUAAUUGGCUAAUGAAGGUCUAAAAGAUGAUAAAUGUUUACACUCUGUGCCAUAAUAUUACGAUAAGAGAUUUUUCACGAAUUUUUUUCUCUUAAUUAUACACGUCUCUAAAAUACAAUGGUAUCAGACAGAAGUUAUGAUUUAUAGUCAUAUCUUAAAUGUAUACGGUGAAUACCGUGGAAGCAAUCACGGAUUGUUCGAAUGUUGUUGAUUAAUUACGAUCAUCAUUAUUCGUUAAGCAACGGUGUAGCAUCUGCGAUGAUAAAAACGUAAAAUCGGGGACUAAUUAAUUUUCCAAAUAUUUUAUUAGUUAUAUUUAACUUAAAAUAUAUAAUAAUUAGCAGAAGGAUGAUGAGAUCAAAACAAAUAAGCGUGAUCCUAUCGAAAGAUGUUAUCCAAUUACUCAAUCGCUAAUAUGUAACCAUAUAUAUAAAAUUAAUUAUUUUAAUUUCAACGUUAGACUACGUCGUUUGCGUAUAGUUUGUUUCAAAUAACGUUGGAAUUAAUUAGAUGAAAUAAUGUCACUUGUAUUAUCAUAUUAUCGUAAUCAUAAACUAUCCAUUGUUAGCUCGUAAAUUAUUAUUUGUUUAUAGUUAAUCAUUGUGUAACGAAAAAAAGAAUUAUAACAUUGAUAAAUGAAACGUUUUCAUGACAACUAUUCAUUUGUAUCUUUAUUUAGAUUUUCUAAAUUUAUCCUUUUUUACUAUUGUGUAUUAGUAUGUCCUCGUACGAUAAUUUCAUAUUUUUAUGAAUAACAACACUGUUUAAUAGUUAAAUAGCUAAUGGUCUUCUUACUUUUGUGCGUAGAUAAAUGCAAUUGAUUGGUCAUUACGUUCACGGUCGCAGUAAUUAUCUCUUCGUUACUGUCAGUUAUAUUUAUACUGUGCAUAUAUUUAUACGGAGGACGCGUGUUAUCUCAAAAUUAUUUAUUCUCCACUGUAACCUAGUUUUACGACGGAAAAAUACUAUGUACUUUACAAAUAUCA